GUUAAAAGAUAUUACAACUAAUUUAACUAAAUAAGUUUGACCAUACACAUUAUUUCAGCUCGUGCUUGUUUGAGGGAAAACUGCAGCGCCAACAGUCCGCCAAGUCAGGUUCGUCUGAAAGAUUUCUCCGCUAAGCUGUGAUCUCCACAAAUUUCACAUAUCGACUGUUCAUUCUCUAUCUAAAAAAACAUGCCGCAGAAAGUUUACGUUGGUAAUCUGCCUGAUAAUUGUCCUCCAGACCAACUGCGAGAUUUAUUUGGUGGAUAUGGUAACAUAAAAGAACUAGACGUCAUAAAAAAUUUCGCCUUUGUUCAUUUUGAUGCCGAAGAAGAUGCAGAUCGUGCUGUUCGUGACUUAGAUAAUACAAAAAUGCUUGGCCAAGUUAUAAAAGUUCGUAUGUCCAACAGUCAGAAAUCUCGGGAACAUGAUAGAAGACCACAUCGUCGCUCAGGGCCAAAUGGACCUAAUAAGUCGAAUAAUGUCCCGCGUAUUCCACCACUUAAUGGGCUAGGUGGUAUAUUAGGAGCAGCCCCCGGUGCUGCUCCAGGUUUGGGUGAUCUUGGCAUAUUUUCAGCUGUAAACACGUUAGCAGCUGUUGCUGAAGAGCAAAAAAGAGCUGCACUUGCUCCAGACAGGGAGCGAGAACGAGAGCGUCGCCGUGAGCAACCAGACCCUGAUGUUCGUGUGAGGAGAGAGGUUGUACAUACUCGUGAUGUGCCAAAUGCCAGUAGAUUAGGCAUUGGGAACGGCUAUGUUAUCUACGAACGCUAUUACGUCGAUCCUUCUCAUCCAUUGUUAAAAGGUCUUCCUGUUCCAGAGUAUCCCCGAGUUACGGAUACUUACGCAGCUCGAGACUCGUAUGAACGUGAUGAUUAUGAUGACUUCAGAGACAGAAGUCCUGUUCAAUCUCGUCGUGAUUAUGAUUAUGACAGAGAUUCUCGAGAUUACUCUCGUGACUAUUACGAUAGGCGUUAGAUAUCUUGCCUGCUAUAAACUUUUUUUUGCUGUGCUUUCGUCAGUUUUAUUUGAAUACUAAUCGACAUUUUACGUUGUUUUGUCGUUUAUUGUUUUGUCGUUUACUCCAACCGUCGCGAUUCGUUUAAGCGCAACUUGCGUAUCGUUGUUUCGAUUUAUCGAUAAACCUUUAUACAUUUCCAUCGUUUUAAAAGUACUGUAACGUCUUUCUUUUCGUUUAAACGAAACAUUGCAACAUCGUGCGUUUCUCUCUCAUCGAACAAAAUCCAAGACCAAAAACUUUUAUUCGUCAAGUAUUAAUCAAGUUGUUUGUUUAUUCUCGCACAAUUCUUAUAGACUUUCUACCUAAACAUAUAGCAUUUUCAGCUGAACUCACGUUAGGAAGAUUCAAGUAAAAAAGAUCGUUAACACAUUUUUAAACAGCAUUAAAUUUUAGCUGACGCCUAAAGUUGCUGUGUGUUUGCUCAGUUACGCUGGUACGCGAGUCACAAUCAAACUUAUGUUUUUUCAUGUCGUAUUAAACCUCUAUUAAUUUUCAUUUUUGUCGUUUUUCUUUGUUUUAUUUACCCACUUCAGGUUGCUGUUACUUGCAAGCUGCUUCGUUUUUGUUUUGUUUUUGACAGAUUUGAAUCUGUAGUUGCUUAUAAGAUGUAGCUUAUAAAAAAGGCGUUUAUGAGGGUAUCUUAUGGAAUAAAAAUAGUUGGCUAAAAGGUUAGUAAAAAAAUUUAGGGUCGCAAAGUUAUUAGUAACCUGCAUAGAAUUCAGUCACUUCAAUUUAUGGAAAGCAAAUUUUUGUGAAACAACAAUAUUUGAACCAAAAAGUCGCUUUUUACCGACUUGUUAUAGACCAACAAAAACACCAACAAAAAAGUAAAUAUUAGAUUGUUCAAUAUCUUUAUCUGACAAUAAAAUAAGUUAUUUAUUUCGCAAGAAUUAAAUUUUGCGAAAAAAAGCAUUUGAUGGUUAUUGUGUUUCUCAAUUUAUACAGUUUUGUCAAACGUUUUUAUGCUAUUGAAGUUAAAAUUCACAUCAUUAUUGUAUGAGGUUCCACGUAAAUCAAAGGAAAAAAAAAUUAUAAAAGAUUUUUUUAACGAGGAAAGAAAAAUCCACAUUUACGCGCAAUUUAUUACCAGAAACUCGCGAACUUCGCAAAAAUUAAUUCUCGCGAAAUACUAGCGUUUUGCAAUUCCGCGAAAAAGUUAGGUUUUUUUUAAUGCUCCAAAAUUAUUUGUAGGGUUUGAUUUUUUAUUAAACUUUAAUUGCUGUUUAAACGCUAAAGUUACCUGUAGGAAUGAAAUUGUUUGCUGAAGACAAUAUUGCGGAACACAACCUCCAGAUAUGUGUAAAAAGUAAAAUAAAAUAAGGAUACUUUUUUAUCCAGAUUGCGGAAUUAAAGAUGCAAAUUAGUUACGUCAAAUAGCAAUUGCUUUGUUUAAAUUUCAUGUCCAAAGUGACUUUUCUGCUAAAUUUACAGGAAAAUUGAAAACUCAAAUAAAGAAUUACGAACUGUCAUCAUUGUUGUCAAUCAUUAAUUCCGCAUUCUUUUCUGUUGCGAUAUUUUUUUCCUACAAAGGAGGUAUUUCUUUUAUCUUCCCGUUGUUAUCUUAUCUUCAUGACACCACCAUUCACAAUUUUUGUUCCCAUGGUUUAUUAGGUGUUUUUAUAUCUGGACUGAAGCCAGUCCAAAUAUAAAAAAACUAAUAACCUCUGGGGGCCGAGGUUGUAUGCUACUAAUUGUCGAGAGUAUUUGUUUUCACAGAUUUUAGCUAAAUUCGCGAAAUUAUGUACCCGAGAAAAAAAAUAUUCCCGUAUUAUGAGAAUAUUAUUUUUAUGACAACUCGUUAAAGAAAUGCGACAAAACAUAUUGCUGGUGACAGGACCUACUAUGAAAUAAACAGUGUGAUAAAGAGCGUAUGCACCUCCUCGAUGGAGCACAAUGUUCAUGUGCUGCCACGUACUUCCCAGGAGACUGACGAAACGUAUAAAAAAGCGCAGUCGAUGAAAUCAUGGCUGGAAACCGUGUGAAAAAGUAUAAACGUUAUCAAAUAUGAUCGAAUGUUGUAUGUUAUAUAGCUAAGUCAUUUAUCAUUAGUAUUGAUUAUAUAUUGUUGUACACAGGUUUUUGAGUUCAAGACACGUACUUUCCAUCAAUA